AGAAAUUAAGAAGUAGGGAGUAUUUCCGGGGUAAUUUUGUAACUUGGAUACAUAAUACACCGUGCCACCGUCCGUGUCUGCUGACCUGUCACCGGCGCGCUCUCAUGUCCGCUGCGGUGUUGGUGGCCGCUGUGGUCGGCGGCGGGGUCCUGUUCCUCAUGCGCCGUUUGUUCCCCCGGCAGAAAGCCGUGGAGCUGCUCCGGUAUCCCGCCGACACCAUGCGAGGAAAGACGGUUAUCGUGACCGGGGCUAACUGCGGGAUAGGGAAGGCCCUGGCCGGGGAGCUGCUGAAGCUCCGUGCCCGGGUCAUCAUGGCCUGUCGGGACAAGCGGAGCGCAGAAGAGGCGGCCGAGGACAUCAAGAGACAAGCGGGGCCGGAGCAGGAGCAGGGGGAGGUGGUCAUCAAACACCUGGACCUGGCCUCUCUGAGAUCAGUACGGAAAUUCUGUCAGGAAAUGAAUGAGGAAGAGUCCAAGAUUGACGUGCUGAUCAACAACGCAGGACUCUACCAGUGUCCCUACACAAAGACAGAGGACGGUUUUGAGAUGCAGCUGGGUGUGAAUCACCUGGGUCACUUCCUCCUCACUCACCUCCUGCUGGACCUCCUGAAGACCUCGGCUCCCAGCCGCAUCGUCGUGGUUUCCUCCAAGCUGUACAAGUAUGGCCACAUCAACUUUGACGACCUGAACAGUGAAAAUAAUUACAAUAAGGCGUUCUGCUACAGUCAGAGCAAGUUGGCCAACCUGCUGUUCACGCUCGAGCUGGCUCGCCAGCUGGAGGGCACGGGGGUCACGGUGAACGCUCUCACCCCGGGCAUCGUGAGGACCAGACUGGGCCGGCAUGUUCAAAUCCCUCUCCUGGCAAAGCCGCUGUUCUACCUCGCCUCGCUGGUCUUCUUCAAGAGCCCGUUGGAAGGGGCCCAGACUCCCCUCUAUCUGGCUUGUUCCCCCGAUGUGGAGGGAGUGUCGGGGAAGUGUUUCGCUAACUGUGAGGAGGAGGAGCUGAUGACCAAAGCUACAGAUGAACAGGCAGCCAAGAAACUGUGGGACGUCAGCAGGAGGAUGGUUGGGCUCGCUAACUGAGCAGAGUCCUGCUCUGUGGAUGGGACUUAAUGUGUUCUUGGACAAAAUAUUUAAUCUCUAGCAGCUCCACAGACACACUGCUCUCUGGGCUUAUGAACAGACAGUCUGCCACCUUGGAGAUAUAAAUAACUGAAUGACAUGUUGUGCCAAUGAAGAGUGUAAAUUUGUGAGGGCUGAGUGUGCAAUGCAGCGGCUUGAACAGAGCAUGUAUAUGGCUUUGAAUUAAAAAAUGUU